AUGAGGGUGUCCCCUCUCUUUUUUGAAGCUCUCUUUCGUCGUCCAUCGAUCGAUGGUUGUGUUCCUCGAACUAAUCAUUUUUGUCAUGUAGUGAAUGCCUUACAUGAAACAUUGUCAUCGGAAAAAAAUCAAACAGAUAUCAACUAUUUGAUAGAUUCUAUUCCUGAAGCCGAAACACUCGACUGGCUAUUAGUGCUCGGCCUUCAAGAGUUUGCAAUGUUUGCGAUGAACAAUCCCGAAAUAUUAUCACCAGAUGUGUUUGACGUUACGAUUCCAGACCUCCUUCGCAUAAGAGACUUACUUGCCACUAAUGGUACUACUGCUGUGACAUGGCGGGAUCUUAAACCAUACGCUCGAAAAGCUCUUGCAUUUUUUGACACAUGGCAAUAUCAUUAA